AUGGCUUCUUCUUCAUUACUCUCUAUCCUUGUUCUCACUUCUCUGCUGUUCUUGUUUGCCACCCCCUCCCGUUCUUCAGAGAAUGGUGUUGCUCAGGAACCAGCUCCUCCUGUAAGGUCCAGGAAAAUUUCGGAGAAUGGUGUUGCUCGGAAACCAGCUCCUCCUGUAAUUUUGGAGAAUGAUGUUGCUCAGGAACCAGCUCCACCUGUUAGGUACAGGAAAAUUUCGGAGAAUGGUGUUGCUCGGGAACCAGCUCCUCCUGUAAUUUCGGAGAAUGAUGUUGCUCAGGAACCAGCUCCACCUGUUAGGUACAGGAAAAUUUCAGAGAAUGGUGUUGCUCGGGAACCAGCUCCUCCUGUAAGGUCCAGGAAAAUUUCCCACAAUUCCGAGAAAGUUACUUUGUCUCUAUAUUAUGAAUCUCUUUGUCCAUACUGCGGCAGUUUCAUAGUAGGUCCUCUAGCUCAGGUCCUGGAGACUGAUCUCAUGACCAUUCUCAAUCUCAGACUGGUUCCCUGGGGAAAUGCUAUUCUAGAUUCUAACAAUACCAUUGAGUGUCAGCAUGGGGAAGAUGAAUGCUAUCUGAAUAUCAUCCAUGCUUGCAGCAUCAACAUCUGGGCUGAUUUGAAGAAGCACUUCAACUUCAUCAAGUGCAUCGAAAAGCAAUAUGCAGUUCCUGAUAGAACUGGAGCAGAAGAAUCCUGGGAAGCAUGUGCUGAUAAAUUGAAGCUGCCUACAGAACCCAUCAAGAAAUGCUAUGACAGUGGACAUGGAAAAGAGCUUGUCCUACAAAAUGGCGAAGAAACAGAUCAUCUCAGUCCGCCUCACGAAUACGUGCCCUGGGUGGUUGUGGAUGAUAAACCUCUCCUUGAUGACUAUAAAAAAUUUAUAGACUAUGUUUGCAAGGCAUACAAAGGCAAACAUUUGCCCAAGACUUGCAGUUCCGAUCCCAACAACUCAAUUAACAAGGAAAACUCACCCAAAUCAGUCUGCUAUGCAAGUGAAGCAAGGUCAACUGACAGUUCAAAGAUGCCCCAGAUGAAGAUGGAACCCCUUGCAUGA